AUGUCUUAUAAUAAGGUGUUGGAUAGUCACAUUGAAUUACUGCGAGGAUGCAAAUUAAUCAGCGAGCUGGAAGUAAAAGUGCUAUGUGACAAGGCAAAGGAUCUUUUGCGGAACGAACCGAAUAUCCGGUCGGUUCAAUCGCCCGUUACCAUUUGCGGCGACAUCCACGGACAGUUCUACGAUCUCCGUGAGCUUUUCAGUGUUGGUGGGAACUGUCCCCGCAUAAACUACCUCUUUAUGGGCGACUAUGUGGAUCGUGGCUAUUACAGCGUGGAGACGUGUUUGCUGCUUCUCUGCCUCAAGGUCCGCUACCCAGACCGCAUAACUCUUCUCCGCGGCAAUCAUGAGAGUCGCCAGAUCAGUCAAGUGUAUGGUUUUUACGAUGAUUGUCUUCGGAAAUACGGGUCUAUCAACGUGUGGCGGAACUGCAUGGAGGUGUUCGACUGCCUAGCGCUUGCUGCGCUCGUGGACGAUCGUUUUUUCUGUGUGCACGGAGGCCUGUCGCCAUCGAUCCAAACGUUGGAUCAGAUCCGCACGAUCGACCGAUUCAUUGAAUUACCGCACGAGGGCGGAAUGUGCGACUUGCUGUGGUCCGAUCCAGAGGAAAACAUGACGGGAUGGGGAUCCAAUUCGCGAGGCUGCGGGUUUAUCUUCGGAGAGGACAGCGUGAAGGAGUUCAAUACGACGAACGGCCUGGAUUUGAUCUGCAGGUCGCACCAAUUGGUAAUGGAGGGAUACAAGUAUAUGUUUGACAAGCAACUGGUGGCGGUGUGGUCGGCCCCGAACUACUGCUAUCGGUGUGGAAAUGUAGCGUCGAUUAUGGAGGUCGAUGAGACGUUGCAAUGUGAAUUUAAGGUAGGAUUGAGGGUGGAGAUGGAAUCGAAGAUUUUUGUUGCUGCACCCGUGACGGUGCGCGGACUGAUGCCGAAGAACCCGCCGCUUGACUUUUUCAUGUAA